AUGUCUCGUGAAGCCUUUCAAUAUUAUUCGACCCUUUUCUCUGAUGAUGUGCCCCAAGCUCCUAUGGAGGAAAAUAUGAUUCUUGCUUAUAUUCCUUUAAUGGUUACAAAUGUGAUAAAUGAGUCUCUUUCUAGCCAGGUCUCUUUAUCAGAAUUAGAGGAAGUUGUUUUUGGGAUGACUAAAAGUAAAGCUCCUAGACCUGAUGGCUUUCCUGUUGAAUUCUUUCAGGAAUUUUGGGAUAUCAUCAAGUUGGAUCUGUUGGCAGUUGGAGGUUUUGUGGUUGGGCGAAAAAUUCUUGAUCGGGUUGUUAUUGCUUCUGAAGUCCUUCAUUCCAUGUAUGUGUCUAGGGAGAGAGCUAUGUUUAUCAAACUUGAUAUGGCCAAAGCUUAUGAUAGGGUGAAUUGGAGCCUCUUGCGCAAGGUUCUUUUGGCCUUUGGUUUCACCUUAGAGUGGGCUAGUUGGGUUAUAAGCUGUGUGACUUCUGUGUCUAUUUAUGUUCUUAUCAAUGGGGAGCCUUCUCAGUUAUUUGGAGCUUCUAGAGGUUUUGCGGCAAGGUUAUAA